CCUAUAGCAUAGCCAUAGCCACUAUACUAUAGGCCUAGAAUCUAGAUCUAAGCCUUGGCCUAGAGUUUAUCAAGAAAGGGCGCCUUGGGCGUGAGAGUCGUACAAGUUUUCGUUCACCGUUUUUUGUAGUGUCAAGUGUCAACUGACCACAGAAUUCUAGCCUAGGCCUACACUCAACUGAGUGUUGAAUUCCGUGCAACUGACCUACUCGUCCGGUGAGUGAAUCUGGGAUUUCUCAUUGAACAGCAACUUACAGCUCCUGUUUAGGGCUCCGGGCUCAAGGUUUCCUUAUAGAGCAGCGUUUGUGAACUUUGUGAGGAAAAUGGCACCCAUGAGAUGUUCAGAGCAAGAUGUGUAUACAGUUGUCGUGACAUCUCCUAUUGGCGACAUUGAAAUUAGAGGAUGUGACGGAGGACUCCAUUCAGUGAAACAAUGUGAUGAAGAUGACAGCACAUUUUCUCCAGAUGAAGGACGACCAGUGAACCUAAAAAGAGGCUAUUCCAAGAUUGAUUGCAAGCCCAUAGAUGAAUGUAUUUCCUGGUUGAAGAAGUACUUCCUUCACAAGGAGGCAAACAUCAAGAUCCCAUCUUUAUGUUCAUCUGUAGUCAGACAAGAUUCAUUCGCGGAAAAGGCUUGGAGACUCCUUCCUGAAGCAGCACCAAUGGGCACCACCAUAUCGUACAAGGAUCUGGCGGAGUGGUGUGGCAGUGAGAAAGCAUGCCGUGCGGCCGGGCAGGCUAUGGCCACCAAUCCUGUCUCACUAUUAAUUCCAUGCCACAGAGUGAUCAGCUCACAAGGGAAACUUGGGAAUUACUCUCAUGGAAAAAAGAAUAAAAUUAAAAAGUGGCUUCUUAAGUAUGAACGCAGGGAAGAGCAAUAGAAAGAUUAAUUCUUUGAAGAACACUAUAUGAGAUUUUUAGAUAAACCUUCCUAACCAUCGUAAUCCCUUAAAGCCCUGGUCCCUUAAGCCUUACCGGACUUGUGCACCUGAACUUCAUUGGGUCUUCUGCUAAAUUUGCACCACUGAAUGUUGAGGUAUCGGCUUGGUGUGCAGAAGGGUAAACUUACUUAGUCUCAGCAGACAUGCACUGAAGUUCAUAGGGAUAAUUAUUCUCUUGGAAAAGGGAAUAAAAUUAGAAAGUGGCUUCUUCUGUGUGAAUGCAGGGAAGAACAAUAACAAGAUUAAUUCUUUGAACCUUGGUCUUGUUUACCUACGACCUUACAACCUGAGUUCUCUAGAUACAAAUGAUAGAUUUACACUUUCACACUGUGAGACUCAUUUUUGGUAAGCAAUAGGGUAAAGGUAGGGUGCAUUAAAUUGUAAAUUGGAUUGUGUGUUCUGAAGGUUAUGCCUGUGGAGCGAAGAAAUAUGAUAUUCAAAUGGGUGCUUCUCUUGAAAUACAGUGGUGAGUGUGAUCUUGUAAUGUUCUUUGAUAAGAAUGUGUAGAAAAUAGUAUGAACGUUAAAUGUGAUGCUUAAAAGGGGCAUUUAAGGAAGGAACAUUGAUUCCUGGUUUAGAAACAAGUGUGUCCUUGUAUGAUUUGUAAGAUAAAAAAUAUGCUGUUGUCCUUAAUUGACUAGAUUUUCAUAUUUGUCUGGGAUGUUUUGUUAGGGCUGCCAAAAAAUUGAUACCCGUACACUUAAAAUAGUAUUCUUUAUUAAAGAUUGGACUCAUGCAAAAAA